UUCAGCCAGUCAGUGUUGGAGAGGCCUGCGCGUGCCGCCAGAGGGGGCUGUGCGCCUACAUAGCAGACGGUUAUUCUUAGCGAUCUUCAGCGAGCUGAAACCUUUGUCAUGGCUGUGUCGUUGUGAUAGGGAACACAUGUAUUUAAGAUUUUCUACCUUAUGACACAAGAUCAGGCCAAACACACCCUGCUUCUCAUUACCUUUGGCAUCCGGGGGCGACAGAUUUGAGGCGAAUGGCCAUGGUUGGAAGCAGCCCAGCAACCCAGAACUCCUCCAGACCCUCGUGGUCGUCCGCUCCUCAGUCCAGCACACCCCCCGAGGCUGAAGAGAACUUGCCACAGCCCCUCUCUGCUAUGGCAGCCAACCUUCACGGGGCUAUAGGAGAACACAGACGCAACAGCCGCUCAUCCUCUGUGUCCUCAGGAGGCUCCAGCGGGAACGGUGGAGAGGCGGGCGACUCAACGCGCCAGCAGGCACAGGCUCGCCUGUCGGCCAUGCCCCAGCCCAGCCCGGCCGACCCCUCAUUAGAGCAACAGGCCAAGCACAUUCUGCAGCACCUGGACAUGCACCCCUCGGGGGACGACCCCCAGGACUUGUUGGACAAGGACAAAGCUGCUCAGAUGGUGGGAGACUCCCAGGCGAGCAUCCUGUGCGGGAAGCAAGAAGCCAACACGACGGAGGCGGACAUCGUCUCCCAGCUGAGCCUGCUGUCCAUGGCCAGCACGUGCACCCAGAGCCCGGCCAACACAGUACAGCUGGGUCACCUGAUGGACGCGCCCCGCUCUAUGGAGCAACAGGCCUUCUCCUCUGGCGUGACGGGACCUGCGUCAGGGACGACCGCUCCCGGACCUUUCAGCUCCUCCAACCCGAUGGACAUGGUCAACGUGGUCGGUGGAUAUGUCCAGAACUUUCAGACGCGAGUCCAGAACGAUUUCGACGUGAUGGGUCUCUCCAAGUUCUUUGACAAGUAUCAGUCCAACUCUGGCAGUGGCAUGGCGACUGGCGGAAUGGCGACUGGCGGAAUGGCAACUGGAGGAAUGACGGCAGGAGCUAUGGGAGGCGCAGGAAACAUGGCGCCUAGCAAUGAACCAAGCUCCAUGGGAUCAGGAUUUCAGACGUCUACUUCCCCUCGAGGUUUCCAGAACGUCUCCUCUGGAUUUGGCCACGGCAGUAGCCAGCAGUUCAUGAACAACAGUAACCCUUUCCCUCCCAUGGGUAACAAUGUGUUUAGUUCUGGUCAGAAUAUGAGCAUGUCUAAUAGAGGAAGUAGCUUUUAUUCCCCAGUCAAUAAUUAUUCUUCAGGGUCAAAUUUUUUCUCUGGUCAAAAUUCAAGUAACAACUACUUUAGCCCCUCUCAGAUGCCACCUUUUCAAACUUUUGCCUCCCCGCAAGAUUUCAGCCUGCCCCCUCCCCCACCCCACGGUUGGCACAGUGGGCCGUUCAGUCCCAACAUGUCGGACCCCAUCAUGGACCGUGUGAUGUGCCGCGGCUGCCAGAAGCCCUACAAGUGGCCCAUGACCCUGGACUGUAUGCACGUGUUCUGCUUCAACUGUAUCAGUAACAAGAUCAACGGAACCACACAGACCAUAUGUUGCCCUUUCUGUAACCGGACGUCAUCCGUGCCCCAGGGGCCCCAGAAGCUGCUCCUCGACUACGCUCUCUGUCGCUACAUGAUCAACAAGCUGAAGAUGAAUCCGUUCUUUUGCACUUCAUGCUCGAGGGAAAACGAAGCUGUGAUCUGCUGCACCACCUGCCCGGCGUAUUUAUGCCACGACUGCCAGACUGGCCACGGAACCAUGCGUCUUUUCUCCUCCCACAAGCUGGACCCAAUUACCAAGGUUGUGAUCAACCUGAACGGAGAGUUUGAGCCAAUGUGUGAGCGCCACUACCAGAAGCCUCUCACCAAGUACUGCGUGACCUGCCCUCAGAUGAUCUGCGAUGACUGCACCACCGACCAUCUCCACCCCGACUCAUCCAACAACCACGACCUCCAGGAGUCGUACAACAUCGUUAUCGCUAGGCUAAGGAACUGGAACGAAGACGCCUGCAUCAAGCACAAAGAGGUUCUGGAGCUGAAGAAGAAAAUUCCAGAUAUAAAGAAUAGUAUCGAGAACAAGAAGAGGGUGGCGAGGAGGAACGUGGACGACUACGCGGAUUACCUGAAGAACGUCAUCGAGCAGAACAGGGCUGUGUCUCACGAUAUGGUGGAGAGAGCCGCGGAACAGAUGGAGUCCCAGCUCAACAAGUUCAGCAAGUUGAUCGACGAUAUCGAGAGCGAGCUUGAGGCUGUAUCGUCGUUCAACACUUUCUCUGUGGAUGAAGGAACCCCGUCUAUGGUGAUGACCAGUCUGAUCAACAUGGAGAGCAGCUACAAGCGCGCCGUGGCCGAGUACUCUGAGAUCUGCCAGAAGCACAGCAGCGAGGGAAUGUCCUUCGAGUUCACCUUCAACCCAGACUACCCAAGGACCAACGAGUUCAUCCAGGAGAACUUCUCUACAGUCACGUACAAGAUCAACGACAGCGAGUUCAACGUGGGCCCCAUGCCCAUCAGGACAGAGCUGUCCAGAGGCCGCAACUUCCCAGAAUUUGGCCACUCAGACAAUCCCGACUGCAACUAUCAGCGCUGGUCUGCCGCCCCUGAUUCGAUGUCAAUCUCUACAUGGAACUCUGGAAAUGAACGCGACAGGAAAGGAACAUUUAUACCAUUCCUGAAUCGAUGCCGCACCAGAACUUCGUUUGUUCACGUCUUUGGUGACUACGGACGUGGGGAAUACGCCUUCACAGAACCCAGUGGCCAGGCAUACUUUGAGGAUGGAUCCUAUGUGAUCUGCGACACCAACAACCACCGCAUUGUCUACUACAACAAAGAUCACGAGUACGUGCGCUCUAUAGGCCAGCCGCCAAAUUUGCCAGCCCUGUCGGAGGACCACGAGAUGGGCAAAGGUGGACAAAGAGGCAAAGGAUUCACUCGCCAGGACGGCUACCUGUACUUCCCUAACAGAGUGGCUAUCUGCCCGGUCACUAAGCACAUUGUGGCCACGGAGAGACCCCCAAGCCAUGACGUCCAGAUCUUCACCAUCGAGGGAGACUUUGUCCGGUGUUUUGGCGGCAGUGUGCUCCAACAUCCCAGAGGUGUGACCGUGGACGAGAACGGUGUCAUUAUCGUGGUGGAGUGCAAGGUGAUGAAGCUCACCAUGUUUGACCAUGAUGGGAAUCAGUUGGCCUCUCACUCUCUGGCCAAGGAUCUGGAAUUCCCUAACGACGUAGCUGCUAAAGACGGGAAGAUUUACAUCAGCGACAACCGGGGCCACUGUGUGCAGGUCUUUGACUACGACGCCAAGUUCCUCCAGAAGAUUGGCAAUGACAACCUGACCUACUUCCCCAUCGGCGUGUCCAUCAACUACCUGAACCAGAUCGUGGUCACGGACAACCACAACACCUUCAACAUCACCGUGUUUGACCUGGAGGGCAGAGCGUCGUACAUCUUUGAGUCCAUCACCAAGCAUGCCCAGUGCCACAACGUGGCCGUCCACCCAACCAAGCUGGAGCUGAUGCUGACAACCAAGGACUGCAACGUCUACUUCUUUAACUACGACCCCAACUCCCAGCACCCGCCCCAGGCCCCCACCAGCCGUGGCUCCAACCACUUUCUGCAGACCAGACGAGCCAGAAGUAACGGCAAUGGGAACCACUCCAACUCGUCCUACUACUAAGCAAACCUUUGCCUCUUGCUCCUUCCUCUCUCUCUGCCAUUGUUGAAUGUUGCUUUAAUCGGCACAAGUACUCCCUUCUAUAUGCUGGGUUAUAAGGGACGCGAUUGAGGUUCUUUUUCUGCUGGCUUGUUGUUGUUGAAUACAUAUAUAUAUUAUUGAAGGAAAAGCCCUCCUGGUGCUUCGUUGUUCUUUGAAUAUUGCAUGCUUUUUGGACAAAUCACAUGUUGUGGAAUUCUUUUCUCCACUCAGCUUAAAACUUAAUGGCUUUCUUCUGACUUGUUCAGCAUGCUUUAUAGAGGCCCUUUUCUGCCGAGGGCGAUGUUUGCUAAAAGAUGAGAGAGAAACUGCUUUGUACUUUGGUGUGACAGCUCGCCUGUUUUGUUUUGGUGAUAGAGAUGUUACUGUGUUGCACUUGUUUUUCCCGCGUUGAAUGGUCUUGUCAGUUCUGACCGGACAUAUAAGUAUAUCAUGUGAUGGUUUUUAAGGGUAAAAGUGUAGUAAAAGUAUAAUAAAUGCAAUAUCACAGAGAAAUAUAAGCUUAGAAAUGUUGUUUUUAAAGCACGGUAAUACCUCACACGAAGCAGUGAUUUACUAAAAAGUACAAGCAAGCAUUGAAAGAUUUAAAGAUUUAAAGGAGUCUUGUCUAUUGAUCAGCAUUCUGGUAUAUUGCCUUAUGGUUCAUAGAUUUGAGUUGAAAAAAUUCUUCAGAAAGCUAGCUGGAUGCUAAUGUUGUUUGCUCACGCUACACCCAGUGGCUAUACCCAUGAGAAAGUCAUUCAUGUUUUAAUCAAUUGGUUGUUUUGAUUUUCAUUCACAAUUAGUGAGAUGAUGAUUUUGACUUUUUUUGUGUGCAUCGAAAAGAGACUUCCAUGUUUUUUGCUAAUCAGUCUUACUACUUUUUGUCUUCUUUUUAAAAAAAUGCCAUUUUCUGUUGUGUUUUUCCUUCUUGAUUUGUUGUAUUUCCAGUAAAGACAACAAUAGAAAUUCCAGUGGUUUGUCUCUGCGAUGUCAUGUCCAAAUGGUCUUACAAGAGAUUUGUCUUUUUUAACACAUUUUUAAUAUUCUUCUUGUUGUUCAUUUCUUUUCAGAUUGUUGUUGUCAAUGUUUCUUGAUAUUGUAACUUUUUAAAUUGAUGACACUGAAAACUGUUCUUCAUAUAAUGAUACUUAUGAAAUGUUUGGUUUUUUUGGUGAAAUUUGUAUCAGACAGACUGAAUAGAACAGGACAAAUUUUUAAGGAGUAAAUAUACCCUCUGCUGUAUUGUUUACUCGCAAGACAUGAAAUAUGUCACAUUUCUUACACAUGGUUUAUAGCUGUAAACCCUAGUUGCAUGUAGCAAACUGCUUGAAUAUGUUUUGUGUUGAAAGAAAGAAAAAAACCCAACCCUUUAUAUCUUCUUUAACUUAAGUUGCCAGUAGUCAGUGGCUUAAAACCCCAUUAGAUUGACCAUAGAAAAGAAGAAUUUUGUCUGGGAGCAAAACUAAAAAUGAAUUCUCUGUUUAAGUUGAGAGUGAAAAUUGAAAGUCUAAGUGUUUGAACAGUUUUGAUACCUCAUAAUAUGCAUUUGUUACGACAUCAUGUGUUGAUGUUGAUCCUCAGUGUUGACCGAUAAGCUGUAUGAUGCUUUAAUGUAGAAUGCAUAAUACAUGUAAAUGUUUCUCAUUUGGAUGUUGAAGAUCUUGACUUUUGAUUAUAUCUGUAAAAAAAAAAAUCGUUAUGAGGUGUGAUUUGCAUUUGUUCUUAUGCUUUUUGAUGUAUUAAGUAAAAAAGAAAAUUUAGUCAAUAUUUAUUUAUUUAUUUAUUUAUUUAACGUUAUAGUACCUCAUGAGCAUUGUACAUUAAGAAAAAAAAAUUCCACUCAAAAGUAUUUAUUUGGGUUCAGCGACCGUGUCCUUGAGUAUUUGCUGUGAAUUGACGUACCGUUGUGGUCCCCUGUGGCCAGAGAUACCAGGUUCUGUGCCGACCCAGAGAGGGGGGCUGGUCGUACCGUGGAAAGAUGACUCUGGAAAGUAAUUUUUUUAAAAGGACAGGUCAAAAGGUUUUUUUUCAAAGCUGUGCCAUUCAUGUAACUGUUUUCCACAAAAAUUCCUCUGUUCAGCAAUAUGGAUUUCCGUUUAUGCCCCAAUAUGCAAUAUAAAUUGCUUUUUUGUUUUUUAAUAUUUUUUUUUGUAAAAGAUUUGUACGGUUUGGCUCUGACUAAGUAAAUUCUAUUUUCUUUUGUCAUUUGAGUUGUUCUGAUGCACAUGCAUGCUGUAUUUCCUCAAUGUCCUAUUUUGUUACAGGAAACAGUUCUUCCAUGUUGUUGACUAUAAUUGCACCAUCCGUUCACCUGUUAUUAUCAACCACCCUUGCCCCCCCCCCCCAACUCACCAUUUUAACUGCCAAAAAUCAAAAUGUUUCACCCUGAUUCAUCUGUUCUACGUAAAGUAACAAUUGGCAGUGGUCAGUUAAUACUCCCUCAUAAAUUUAAGUCAUAUUUGUUUAAUGUUUUUAACAAAAUCGAAAAAUGGUAACUUAAUCCAAAUUCUUGAGUCAAAUGGAUUUAUCCAUGCUUCGACAUGUUUCGACAUGCUUCGACAUGUUUCGACAUGCUUGGACAUGAACCAACUUCUGUGUGCAUUAUUUUGAGACUUUGAAUUUGAAAUGUAGUCCAUGCCCUGAUUUUCAUUGAAUUUGAUUUAUUUUCUCUUCAGUUUUUCCUUUUUCUUCUUUUUUUGUUUUGGAUUCCUCUUUUCAUUUGUCUUGUUUUACCUGCUCUUGAUAUCAUUCCAACAUGAAAAAGUGCCUGAGUGUAUUUUGUUCUCAGCGGAAAUUGGAUAGGUGGAUGAUGAGUUGAGUUGAGCUUUUACUGUCUUCUUUUGCUGCGGCCGACAUUUGAAAAGUCUGGGUGGUUGAGGGCCCUGGGCAGUCCCAGCGACUGUGUCUGGAAAGAUGGACAAUGACUGGAUGUCUUGUCAAGUGUUUGGUCUAAAUUUUAGCUUCGCGUUUGCCGAUUCUGAGAAUGAAAAAGCCUCUCCAGUAACAUCAGGUGUGACUUUAUUUACUGGUCAAUAAUUUGGGAAAUUUUUAUGAAGUGUUUGUAUUUACUUAUAUAGACUUUGAAAAUUUUAUCAAUGAACAAAUGGCCAUACCCCUUUUCCCCUGUUCUCUUCCUUUUUUGUGGUUUAUUUUUUUUGCUUGUAUUUUCUACUUUACUCUUCUGGGUUAGAAAUAUGUUGUGGAGGGCCGGCCUCCCACUGGGACGUUUCCACUUUCUCCAAAGCUACUUAUACUUAUAUCAGAUUUUUACCACAAGAUCAGUUUAAUUUCUCGUUUUAUGCACAAUUUUGUUGGUCCUCCCUCUCUCCCUCUCUCCCUCUCUCCCUCUCUCUGUUUCUCUUUGUCUUUUAACUGUUCUUUCUACUGGUAUUGAAAUGCUAAGUUGUUCAUGUAUAAUGCAUGCUUUUGAUACUUCUAUAGAACCAGAUGUAUUGCUUGAAGAGCCCUACCUGUUUACUACACGGACUUUUUGAUACCAUGAUUCUUUUUAUUACUGUUACUGAUUACUUACUCUUUGCUCAUGUGUCUUCAGGAUAUGGUUCAAGGCUUUUUUUUUGUUUUGAAUGUAUUUAUCUUUUUUGUUUGUUUUUUGUUAAAAAAACAAACUUACAUGCGUACAUGGACUCCCAGUAUGAUCUGAGUGAGCAAAAGAGACACCUGUUCUCAUCAUCUCUUCACCAAUCUUCAUUGUAACUGUUGAUUUGUUGAUCAGCUUUUUGCAGAAAGGAGUGUCUUCUGGAUCACCUGUUUCCCUGCCCAUGAUAUUGGUGGCUUAUCUCUGCACUUGUGCUGCUCUCCUUGAGGACUUUUGCCAUACCGAUUAAUUAAUAUAUAUACUGGUUUGUUUGUUUUUUGGAUUCUUUUGUUUUUCUAUGUUAAUCUUAUUGAUGGUUAUGCUGGUUGUAUGAUGCGAUGCACUGACUCUCUGGUCCCACCAUCUUGAUUAACCCAUUGGUGACCCUGUGGAAGGCUGUGUAGCUUGAGCUUAUUGAUUGCCUUGCCUGACAACUCCACAUCUCCGGGAGACCGGGGCCCUUUCCUCCCUUCCUGCGGCAUGCGGUUUGUCAGAACUGCUUUACCCAUGUUGAUCUAUUGUCAACGGUCAAAUUGCUUUACUACGACGUUAAUUUUCCGCGAUUGCCAGAAAUAGAUCUCUCUAACCGUCUGACCGGGAGUACUUUGAUAAGGGGAAUUUUUCCAAACAAGUUCUUUUGUCUUGAUUCUGAUUGAAUGACCAAUGUAGUGAGGUAGAUGUCACUCUGCUUACGCAGUUGCAAGCGCCGUAAAAACCUUACUAAAACCUUACCAAUACAACACAAAGGGAGUAUGUCACUCUCAGGUUGUGUGCCAAAAGAGUGUGCUGGCAUGGUGGGGAGUGAGAGAGCCCCCGUCCAGAGAUGUGGAGUUGAGCAAGGUACUUACUUCCCUGUGGACAGUUUGUUGCUUAUGAUAUUAUGAGUGGAGUAUUGUGUGUGCAGUUUUUACAAAUGAGAGAAACCAGGUGUUUCACAGUUUGUUUUCUUUCUUACUCACUGCUUUGUUGCAGGUUGGUUUUGUUGUUUUUUAAAUUCGGGGUCAUCCAUUGUGCUUUUCCCCCCCCUUCUUUUCUUCUUUGUUUAAUCAAUUUUUGCUUUCCCAGUAUUUGACUGGCUAGUCUUCCACUGGUCGUUGGUUUAGAUAGCACCACGUGGAGUUGACCUAACAAUGUCAAUAAUGACAGGUUUUUUUUUGUUUUGUUUUGCUGAGGGCGUUUUUUUUUGCUGGUGUCUUGUCCACGUCCACCAUGGAAGCUAUAACCGUUGUGUGUGUGUGGCCUGACAUCAGGGCCCAUGAUUUGGUCAGUAGAAUUCUCCAGAAUCAACUUUUGGUGUAACAAGUGUUUUCUUCUCACAGUCUGUGUCUGUUCAGCUCCUAAUCAUCGUGUAAAUAUGAUGGGGUUUUUUCCAGCACUUGUUGAUCAAUUGGAUGUUGUGACUCGUGUGAUUUUUUUAUAAACAUUGUUUACUCUUGUCUGGCAUUAUGUAAACCAAGAUUUUUCAGUAAGGGUUUCACGAGAAAGAUUAUCUCUUGCCUUUACUGGCUAUCUGUCAUGUGAUUCUGACUUACUUGUUAUUGUGCUGCGGAAGAUGACGGUUCCAGAAGGAAUGAGAACCAACAGCCCCCUACUCACUUGUAUGUAUGUGUUUUAAAACAAUUUUUAUUCUUUAGAAGUGAGGAAAAUCAUCGGAGGGUGUUUACGUGUUGUUUCCCCCGUAAGCCGUAAGGUGGAGUUGCAGUUGAAUCUGAUGCUCGUAUUGUGUGCUACUCAACUUGCCAGUGUUCUUUACAGUUGGACUGAGCUAAGACAUGUUGAUUUGUUUUUGGUCAGAUCUACGGUUUGUUUGUUGUGCAGAGAACUAUUCUAGUCCCAGAUGUGAUUGAAGUUCUGUUCUCAGGUAAUGCGGGAGUCCUCCCUGCUCUUGGCUUUCUCAAUCACGUGCAGAAAUAUGAUGCUUGGACUUCCAAGAUAAUCGCUUUGUAAAGCAGACUGAAUAUAUCAUAAGUAGUACCCAAGAUUGGGAAAGGGAUGAGGGGAUGAUUGCCCCCAGACUCGUUCUGAUAUUAAUUAAAAAACUACUCCUGUCCUUGAUGAAUAGUUAGUAAAAAAGAAUUGUAGGUGCCAGUGAUCACGACUGCAGAAUCUCUCUCCAGUCAUUGUACGUUGGGACGGUGUUGUUGUUUCAAGUUUUCCUGUUUUUUUUUGGUGCAUUUUUAAUUUGCCAACUGUUUGCUUCAGGAAGAUAUGCGUAUGGUUAUUCAUGUUAUCCAUUCACUGGGGUUCUCUCUGUUUGAGAUGUGUUUUACCAAAGUCCCCAGUCAGUGCAGAAUAGUUGUUACUUACACUCAAGCAUUAAGUUCAUGUUACCACCACCAGCCAUUUUCAUCAUUUUGUUGGUUGUUGACCUUGGAUAUAUCAACUGUAACAAUGCAUUACUUUUUUGAAAAAGUCCUCAUCCAGACAGUGUUGAAAUGUGUUAUGUCUCUUCGGUAAUUUUGAAUGAUCUUUUUCCCCUCCUUCAAAGCAAGUGCCAUUGUAUAUUUUAAGAUCCAGCCACCUUCCACGCUUGUUUAUACUCAUGUAGGACCCAAUCAAAACCAAACUCAUUGAAUCACAGCGGAUAGAAAUCUCUGAAACAUGCUUAAGGAAUAGCCGUGUUCAUCAUGGACCACAUGUACACUCCACAAACCUGUCUUAUUUCAACUAAGGCGCCAUUGGUUCAUUCAAUUCACCCCCAUUUGUCCAGGAUUGGGAAAUUUAGCGGUAAAGUUCUGUACUCAUUUUCUCAUUGAUAUUUCUUCCUGGUGCGAGGACUGUAACCUUGUUACUUGUUGUUGUAGCAAAAGCUUGCUUCUCCGGCUACAGGAAAGCUGUUAUAAACAUUGCUGUCCACAUUCCAACCCAACUGAAUGUUUUAACCUAACGAAAUAUGGUAUCUCAUACAGUGUGUGCCUACUUGAAAACUUUCUUCCAUUUAGAUUUUGAAAAAAAGUCGUUCCGCAGUAGGCUUUUGUCCAAGAUAUUCACCGUCAUCUCUGUAUUUUUGUUUCCUUGUGCUGCAGUAUUUAUUUCCCCCUCCCCCCCUCAAAAUGUGAUUCCUACUGAGAUAUGGCUGUCCAAAUGGGACCUGCACGCCUGGAGCCCUUUUUGAAUGGCUUUUACUUUAAUGAAAAGAAGUUCAACUUUUUGAAGUGGAUUAGUUUAGUGGAGUUUUGUCUCAGUGUGAAGCAACAGCCAGUUCAAAAACUCCUUGGAUAAAUACAAUUGUCUGUGAUGGGGAACUGAGGGACAUGUUGCUACAGAAACUGUCAGUCAUUUUUCACAAUGUUGCUUUUGAUAGAGUUCCUAUUUGAUCACUUGUUUUUCCAUGGUUCAUGCAGACUAAUUUAGAGCUCAAGUCCUUUUAUAUGUUUUCUUAAAAGUUUUUUUUAUCCAAUUCAAAAGCGAGCGUAGCCUAUCGUCUUCUUCAAUUCUAGUUUUUAUCCAAGUCAAAAGUAUAACGUGAACGUAACGUAACGUACAGCCACAAGAACCACGAGCUUCUCUUGUGCUGAAAAUUCAAAGACUUGAAGAAGUUUUCUCUUCCUCUCUAAGAUCCCCAUAUUUGUAAAAAAGAAAAAAGUCCAUUCAUGUGCCCCGGGGUGCCCUACUGUGAGGUAGCAAAUCCAUUGUGUGUUAGUGGAGAAGGCGAGAGCAGAGAGAAGGGAUGGGAAACCAUUGUGAUAAAGGGGACAGCUGGAUGUGAUACAUUCUGUGUGUGUACAGUGAGUGAGCCUGCUGGAGGCAGCGCCACUAGCCCACGCCGGGGAGGGACCCCUUUUCUUUGCAACUCAGCAACACUUGACACAGCACUUCCGUUGGUCCAACGGGGAGGGAAAUACAUGUACUUUUUAUUUUUUCCAAAUUAACGAAAGCUUUGCAACAGUGGGAUGGGUUGUUGGGAUCUCAUCAGUUGCUACGUUACGAUUUUGUUGGGGGUUUUUUCUUUUUAAGUUUGGAGUGGAAUUGAGGGUUGAUUUUUGUAUUUACCUGUUAAAAAGACAAGGUACAUUUGUAGUGAAACAGGUUUUUGUUCAGAAAAUAGUGUAUUAAUGUAAUGUCUCCACUGUAUGGGCAAAGUUGUCCCAGUUUGGGCACGUCUGUGUGUCCCAGCAUUUGGGUGACCUUGAAGACAAUGUACAUUUUUCGUUGAAUGCUUUGCUCAGCUUUGUUGUGGUUGUAUACAGUGAGAAGAGAUUCAAGUGGAGACGAGUAGUGAGAAGUAUAACUAGUUUCCGUUUGUCUUUGUGCUGGAUGUGUGGCCAGCGUAGCUUGAGGUAGACCUAUCAGCUCAUUGCUCACAGAAAAUAUUCCCUAGUUUUAAGUCCAAAUAAGGAAGUCCAUUAGAAAGUGUUGGUUAAUGUCUCGUCACCAGCUAUAUUGAGUGGACAGAAAAUGUUGAUGGAAAGGUUGAAGUUGUUGUCAAGAGCCCAUGACGGGGGACACUAGUUGAGAAAUUUGCAAUAUUGUGAGGUAGUUUUAAACUAUAUAAAGUUAUUUAAUUUUAUGCAGUGAAGUCUGUUAUCAGAUUUGACCUUUUAAAAGUUCUAGUCAUCUGCAUUCACAAAUCUCUUGCCUCAAGCAAAAAACGUCUCUGUAUUUUAUUCCUACACAGCACGGUAUAUUUUAGCUGUGGAGACAAAUCUUGUCGUUGUUCUGGAGUCUGUGAAUUCUGUUAAAGUUGAACAAUCUUGUGAAUGGCCGUGUUGAAAAAAGCUUUUGGUGAUGAUGUGUAUUGCUAUGUGGUUUGUACAUCUGUGGAAGAAACUUUUGGUUUUGCGGGUCAAGAAAUAGUAUUUACAAACGGCUUUUGCUAGGGGUUUUGAUACUGUUCUUACAUCAUGCCACUUCAGUUCCUACUAUCAGCUGGUUAGCGCUGUUCAUGGACAAUGGUGCUCUUGUGGUCAUUUGUCAUUUCUCCUCCUCGUUUUUCACUGGCAUGAAUGUCAAGCUAUGGCAGUCUCAUUCAAUCGAAUGUUGUCAGUUUUCUGGAAAUGGCCAUCUAAAGAGAUUGUAAAAGAUUCAAUUAUUAAAGGGUACUUAUUGAAGAACAUUGGUGCACAAUGGGUAAGAAGAUUUGAGUGUAUGUUUUGUGGGUUUACAGACAAGGACCUGUGUUUUUGUGCAGCCAACACAGGAUAUUUAUUAUAACCUGGCUGAACCUUUUGUAUUUUCUACAGACUCAUCAAGAUGAAAAUCUCAUGUGUUUUUUGGAAAUGUUUAUACUUACUGGAGGUGCACUGCGUGCUGUGCCUCGGCUUGCUAAAUCAUCCUUGACACAUAUAUAUAUAUACUGUUGUUGUUUACUUUGUUUGCGUGGGCCAGCAAUUCCCAAAGUUGUUGUGUUGUUCCUUGUUUGGUUCUCCGUGUUUGGAACAAGGGAGUGGACAGUUGAGCAAACCAUAACAAACAAAGUGGGCAGGGUUUUCAUCGCACUUGUAAUCAUAUAAUAUGAAGAUAGUGUUAAUUGUUGGUCUGUUAACAGUGAUUACUGUAUUUUUGCAUUUGUAUUUUCUGUUCCUUUCUGACAAUAAAUUGUUUGCCCAGCCAUGUGGCUGCGGUGUGUGUUAAUGUUUCCCUGGCCGUAUCAUGGCUGCAGUGUGUAUGUUGAUUUUUUGUACCUGUCCAGUCUGCUACGUGCAGCUAGAAACAUCCAGUAUUUUCUCCCAUCUUUUCCAAGGUCCUUCAGAGGCUGUUAAACUUUGAACUACUCCCAGGAGAGACGACUUAAAAAACCUUCUAGUGAUCUGUUGAUCUGUUCUUGUUUUACAAAUAUAUGUCGGAGAAAGUGGAUGAGCUGAGUGACAGUUCAGUCUUUGUCUGCAGGACGCAGCCUAGAUAGAGCCUACAUCUCUCUCUCUCUCUUGUUGGGUCCAGUAGUUUUCUCCAAUAUUUCGUCUUUUGUAAUGGACUGGGUCCAAUUUCAUGACACUAAAAUUUUCCUGUAAUUUAAGUCGGUGGUGAUACUUUUGGGCUAUGCUUGUCCUCAGUCAAGUCUUGGUGAAGGGUCGGAAUUUCUGUGGCCAGACUGUAAAAUUUCUUACUUUUUUUUUCUUCAAGAUAACACGGGUUCUUCAGUCCGUUUCAAAUCUCACCCAAGGUUUUGGAUGGACUUGUGUUGGUGAAAACUUGUGUUGGUGAAAACUUGUGAUGCUACUGGCUAGUCAUGCGAAUAUUUUUGCCAGUGAUAUCUCGUCUCCCGCCUCGCGCCUCGUUUACUUCUGUUUGGGGAAGUGUCUCAGGACAAACAGUCAGCGCUUACCUACCUACCUACCUACCUACCUACCACUUCAGAUCUUUUUGUUUGGGAGACACUCUUCAUUUCAUGUUUUGUUGGUGUACAUUUUUACCAAAAAUAAUACAGAAACUAUAUAAAAAAAAAACAACUGUUAACUGUUAAAAAAAGUUUUAGAGUUUGCUGGGGCGACAGUAGAGGGUAAGAAAUACCGGGUAGCCUUUUCUUUUGUGUUUUUUGGUGGGAAGCGUUCCUCAUGAUAUACUCCUUCCUUCUGCCUGGUGGGGUUUUGUAAGCUGAAUGUUGUAUCUCAUUGUGAUGCACUUUGUUGUUACUCUGCAUCCCCCCCCUUGUUACGCUGGGAUUUUUAUACUCAUUUUUUAUACUGAUGCAUUUCUUUUUUUGUUUGUUUUUUUAAACCAUCAUGAAUGUCACAUGACAAGCAACCCAAAUAUGCAUUCUUGUUCAAUUUUCUUGAAACUUGCCAAAUGUGGUGACUGAUGGAGAGAUUGGUUCGUUUUUUUGUGAGGUGUCUCAGUAAGGGUGUCUCAGUGAGGGAGAUGAUGGCUGUUUUGUGACACUUGCCAAACUCAGACCUGUCAACUACUCUGAUUACAUCGGAGACGUCCCGAGGUUUUUUUUUUUAGCCUGCCAAAGAACUCCACUAAUGGAUUGGUAUAAAAUCCCUUUUUACCCCCCUUGAAUUCUGUCGGUCUCGGUCGUGUGCAACUUAUCGUGAAUGAAGUAAAAUACACGAGUCUAUAUUUGUGUUUAUUUGCAGUUCACACACUUAUUUGCUACCGUCAAUUCGCGACGAUCUUAAUUCUACUGGGGUUGUGGAGGUUUUAAUUUUCUCCCCCAAACUCCCGAUUUUUAAAGAGGAUUCUGGGAAGACUGACUUGUAUUUUUGGUCACAGAGGGAUUGGUUGGCAGGUCUGUAAAAUCUCUUAAACUACCAGUAGUAGUAGUGUCCAUUGCUGCAACACUUAACUCAGCAGGAGUAUUGCUGCUGCUGCUAUGCUGACCACUGUUUGUUUGGGUUUUUUUUGGCUUGCCUGCAUGUUGAGACCAAUUAGCAGGGGGGUGUAGAUUGAACCAAUCGUAGAAACAUGAUUUCUGAACUUGAGAAAUGAGUGAGACGUUGAUGCUUUUAUUGCUACCUGUUGUGUGUAUACGGUGUGUUAUUUAUUUAUCCACUUACUUGUGUGAUUGUAUACUUUGCUGAUCUCGCAAUGCUUCUUUGUCAUCGUAGUCGGUAACUACAGGUCGAUUGCAGCAAUGUUCCUAUUGUGUUGAAGAAAACAAGAUAGAAGACGUUAGAGAGAACUUUUUCAUGGCAUGUAUGGAAACAGUACAGGAUUGUACGGUACCCGUGUGGUAAAUCCUUACGUCGUCUCCACUAGUUUCUUCUUGCCUCGUUAUUUAAUGAAGGAAGUUCCAGUGUUGUUGUGUGGUUGUACCGUGAGGAGACCAGUCCCCAGGCGUUGCUGUUGGGAUGUGUGGACUGCCUCCUUGUUGUUGCAGCUGGACAUUUUGUAGUUGGAAUUAUCUUUUUUUUCUUUCUGGUGCUGAAUAUUUUUGCUGUUCUCUUGCAAAUGUUAGGUAGAACUGCUGGCCCUCUCUAAAACCACAAGAUACAAAGAUCCAAUUCCCCCCCCCCCCCCCCCCCUCCUCAUUUGUAUUUUGGUUUUUAAAAAAUUGCAGAAUUUCAAUGUCUCAAAAUAUUUGAUUUUUUAUUUUUCGCCGUUUGCCAAUGUGUAUGCAUGACACAAAGAGCUGUGGUGCUUGUUCACAAGGGAGUCGCUGGCUCCCUGCUCACUGCAAGCAUGGGACGUGAUGUGGCCAGGCCAAACUAGACUUUUCUUUUUUUUCUGCAGAAGGUCAGUGACCCUGGGCUAACCGGGUCAAGGGACUGCAAAUAUCCUGCUUUUCCAGAAGCUGCACAAUUGUACACAUGGACAUUAUUUAUUUGUAGACCCUUUGUUCUUUCAUAUUGGUUUACUAAUCCAGUUACUGCAGCUCUUUUGCAAAUAUUCAAUUUUAAAUAUUAUAAUAUAUGUGUUGUUGGCUGUUGUUUCUCCAUACACAUCAAUUUUUUAAAAAUCUUUGUUGUUUCUUUGAUUUUUUUCAAUGAUGAUUGCGACUUUUAAAGUAAUAAAAGGUUUUCCACCCCCUCCUUCGUUUUUGUCUCCAACAUUUCAACAGUUAGGGGGGAAUGGAAUUGUUGUCAGAAACCGAAAGCUUUGGUGCACGACAAUUUCUAGUGCCAAGAAUUUUUUGGAAUAAACAGACCGUCGGUCAUGAUGUUACCUAGUUGGAAACUGACCAACCACAUCCAUGACUUUUCCUCACCAUUUCCAGGUAGCUUGAACAAUGUGAUGUUGGAGCGUUGUCGAACUACCUGUGAACUAAAGUUCCUACUGUUGUCUGGUGUGUUGGAACCGACCAACAGGUCUAGCAGUUUACAAAAGAAGAAAGGUUUAUGUCUUGUAAGUUAGGCUAUGCUGUGUGUCGGUAGUUUUACAGCAUGUUGAUUAUUGCUGUUGUGUUUUUGUGGUAGAUAUUUUUUUUUUUAAUUUUGGUGCAGUGAAAAGAUGAUUUUCGAGUAAGUUCCCAGAAGUUUUGGAGCCCCCCCUGGUGUCACUUUGGUUUAUCAUAGAUAGAUGUGGUUUACCAAUGUUCAUGUGGACAAUUUUUGUGAAAGCACCUUGUUGAUUGUUACGAAUAUUGCCAUGUAAUGUUGAUGUUAUUACACCUUUGUUGUUCAAGCAGUAGCAAUCUUCAUGUUUUUGUUAAAACUCAGUCGUGUUAAGGUACACAAAGUUACAGUUUUUAACCUUGCCCCUUUUCAAACAUGAAAAUAGCUCCAUGAUGUCUCUCUCUCAUUUUGUUAUUACACUCUCUUCUGUUUAUUGUCAUGAAAUUAUAAAAAAAACAACAAAACAAAAUAACAGCAUAAAUUUUUUGGAAUAUUUGUUUACAAUAUGCAAAUAGCAUGGCUAGAGAUUUGUCAUUGCUUUUUGUCUGUUAAUGUGCUAUUGCAAAUGUCACUGCUGAAUUUCUUGUAAGUCUCCUUUGAACUGUUGAAGGGGGCGACUAAUUGUCCAGUCAUUGUUACAUCUCAUACUGUGUUGUUUACCGCACAUUUAGUCAGCAGAGAAGCAUCACGGUGAGCCUUAUACAAGACCGAUUGCCGGGCUCCUAGACUGCUCGCCGGCUGGCUGCUGUUGUUGCCAGGAAUGGCUAGCAGUCUACGGGCCGGGCAAUGCCUUUGGUAUACGGCCCUGUCAAGUUACCAUCCUCUCAAGAUUUUGCCAUUCCAAAGCAGAGAUGCAAACUUACUUUGGCCCAUAAUUUAUGUUUUGUAAAACUGCUAUCCACCCCCACCCCUCAAGUGUUAAGUGACUCCCUCUUGAGCUCAACUGCAGAUCUUUUGGGAUGCUGUUAUGAACAAACUACCACAUGACAUUGCCUCAGGUCAAGUUUUGCCAAUGCUCUGUUGUUUUUGUUUCAAUAACUUGUGCUUUAAACCUACUGCCAUUUUUUAAUGUACCACUCCUGUUGCUACAACCAUCAUCAUCUUUGAGAGCAUCCUGUUGACUUGAUGAAAACAGAGACAAUUAGUCCAGAUAAUGGUUGUGCCAAGCGCUCAUUGUGUAUGAAGUUCCGAUGCAAGCUUCUUUGUUGAUGCAUCGCCGUUUUUUUUCCUCCAAUAUAUUGAUUCUCCUGUGCUAGCUGUAGUCUGGAUUCCGAAUAUAUUAUAUACACAUGUUCACCUUCUCAGAUUAUCAGAAAGCAACUUACACGUUAUACGGCUAAGACAUUUGAACAUCGAAUCAGUCACCAUCUGUUUUGAAAUUGAGGUAUUGAGAGCUAGAAGAGUUUCCUCUGUCAGUCAGUGGUUUUGGUACAAUUUGACUGAAAGGUAUUGCCUUUUGUCAGUCAGCUUUGUUGGAGCGACUUUUUUGACUGAAAAAUAUUGCCUCUGUCAGUCAUUGGUUUUGGUGGAGAGACUUGACUUUUGACUGAAAAGUUUUGCCUCUGUCAGUCAGUGGUUUUGGUGGAGAGACUUUUGACUGAAAAGUUUUGCCUCUGUCAGUCAGUGGUUUUGGUGGAGAGACUUUUGACUGAAAAGUUUUGCCUGUUGGUUAGUCUGUGGUUUUGGCUCCACUGGUCUCUAGAGAUAUAUAAGGUUCACACUAGUAGUUGUUAGUGAAGUUCCGUCGAUCAAUGAUAAAGUUGCUAAGGAACUUCCCCCAUGUUCACCCUGUGGGUUUGCAAAGACACCAACUGAUCUCGUCAUGGCUACCACUACUACCAUUAUGUUCUACCCUGUAGGCUGUUCCUCCUCCUCCUCCUCCUCCUCCUCCUCCUCCUCUCCUCCCAUUGCUUCUCCGUUGGGUCUCUGCUUGUGUGGAGGCAGGGUGGACAUAACAUGUCAUGUAUGUUUACAAAUCUUCAUACUCUUUCAUAAACGCCCCCUGUGUGGGCUCAUCAUGUGUUGUUUUUGGUUUUUUUUUUUCCUUUUUAAAACAUUUUGGUUGUUGAGUGUUUUUUGGUAUUAAUCAAUAAAGUAUUUUGUUUGCUUAA